ACGAAUUCGAUGCAGUAAUAUCAUCAGCUGAUAAACGACAAUGGCCACGGCGAGUAACAUCAUGAGAAAAAUCCUCCAAAGAACUAAUCGAAAUUUAGUGAAAUUUUAUAGUAAAUCGGCCGGUGGUUCGGUGAAUAAAAAUUCACCGUUGUCAGUGAUAUGUGUGGUCGGUGGUACGGUGGCAUUAUAUACCGCAUACAAAUGCCAGUCUAAAAAUAGUGUAUUAGCAUCUCAACCAAAAAUUGAAGAAGAAAAGAAAGCCGUCAAACUUACGUCGAGAGAAAAGCGUUUCAUACGUUUUGCAUCGGUCGAGUUCGAUGGACAGUUGUACAUGACCCCACAAGAUUUUUUAGAGUCGGUUGUAGAGGCUGAACCAAGGCCACGUUUAAAACGCAAGGUACUAACACAAAAAGAGCUGGAUAAGCUAAAAGACUCGACUCCACCGUUAAAUCAAGGCUCUCCGAGGUUGUUCAGAACUCUACGGGACAAAGGAAUAAUUUCUUACACGGAAUAUUUAUUUUUGCUAUCUGUUUUGACAAAGCCGCAAUCGGGUUUCAGAAUAGCCUUCAACAUGUUCGACACAGACGGUAACGAAAGGGUCGACAAAAAUGAGUUCUUAGUGAUUCGUAAACUAUUGGCAGGGAAAAAAACUGAAGAUGAGUUCCCAAUGGAGAAAAUAUUUAGCCACGCUUGGAAAGGUAAACGAGGAUUAUCCAGCGAUGGAGAGUCAGAAAAGAUCUCAAUACAGGAACAAUACGUCGAUGAUGAACAAGGUCUUCAAAGGAAACAUGUGGUCGAUACGUCGUUGUUGGUGCAUUUCUUCGGAGCUAAAGGGACGACCGAUUUGAAUUUCGAAAGCUUUAAGCGAUUCAUGUUGCAUUUACAAACCGAAGUGCUCGAAUUGGAAUUCAGCGAGUUCUCCAAGGGUCUUCCAACUAUUUCAGAAGUUGAUUUCGCUAAAAUUCUACUGAGGUAUACGUAUCUGGAUACCGACGAAUACGACAUGUAUCUAGAUAGAUUGUUGGACAGAAUCAAAGAUCCACAGGGGAUUACGUUUGAAGAGUUUUAUGUGUUUUGCCAGUUCUUGAACAAUUUGGACGAUUUCAGUAUUGCUAUGAGGAUGUAUACUUUGGCGGACCAUCCAAUAUGUAAAGAUGAGUUUCAUAGAGCAGUAAAAAUUUGCACUGGAACUAAUUUAAGUCCCCAUUUAGUGAACACAGUAUUUGCAAUUUUUGAUGAUGAUGGAGAUGGAUUACUUAGUUACCGUGAAUUUAUUGCCAUUAUGAAGGAUCGUCUACAUAGAGGAUUUAAGUCGUAUGCCAAAAACGAAGGUUGGGAAGCAUUUAAAACGUGCAUCAAACAGGAAAUGAAGUCACCGUCAUAAGCAAUAGAUUAUACACCUACCUCUCAUUUUUGUGAUAUUUUAUGAGAAAAAUUACGUGUUUAUUUAAUGUUACUAACUUUGUUAACGCAAGAACUUUUUCUGCUGCUAUUUCUGUUAUUGUUGUUGUCGUUUGUACUUAUACACAUAUAUAAUUCUAAUGAUGUAAUGCCAAAUAUUUGUUUGAUAUGUUGGGACUGUUACUGAAUCUAGUCAUUAUUCAGUCAUUAUUUUAUUUAUUUGUUUUUGUUAAUAAUGAAUUAAUAAAUUUACAAAUCUUAA